AGACAGCUCCUGUCUCCUUCAGGCCAAAGCCUAAAACACACAAUCGCAAAACCAAAACUUCUCCAAAGCUUUGAAAAGAAAAACCAAAGUGUUAAAUUGUCUAAAAACUUAGAAUGGCUCCACAAGAAGACGCCAUGCAGAAACAGAGCAGCAACAAGAGUGACGUCAUAUUCCGAUCAAAGCUUCCGGAUAUUUACAUCCCGAACCACCUCCCUCUCCACGACUACAUCUUCCAAAACAUCUCCGAGUUCGCCUCCAAGCCUUGCCUGAUCAACGGUCCCACCGGCCACGUGUACACUUACUCCGAGGUCCAUGUCGCUUCCCGUCGCAUCGCCGCCGGUUUUCAAAAACUCGGCGUUAACCAAAACGACGUCGUGAUGAUCCUCCUCUCGAAUUGCCCCGAGUUCGUCCUCUCUUUCCUCGCCGCCUCCUUCCGCGGCGCAACGGCCACCGCCGCUAACCCGUUUUUCACUCCGGCGGAGAUCGCCAAACAGGCCAAAGCCUCGAACUCGAAGCUCAUCGUCACCGAGUCUCGCUACGUCGAUAAAAUCAAAGACCUCCAAAACGACGGCGUUAUAAUCGUCUGCACCGACGAGGAACCUUCUCCGAUCCCGGAAGGCUGCCUCCGAUUCACCGAGUUGACUCAGUCAACCGAAAUUGAAACGGUGGAGAUUUCUUCCGACGACGUGGUGGCGCUUCCUUACUCCUCCGGAACGACGGGUCUACCCAAAGGAGUGAUGCUGACUCACAAGGGACUAGUCACGAGCGUCGCUCAGCAAGUCGACGGCGAUAAUCCGAAUCUUUACUUCCACAGCGAUGACGUCAUACUCUGUGUCUUGCCCAUGUUCCAUAUCUACGCUUUGAACUCGAUCAUGCUGUGUGGGCUUAGAGUUGGUGCCUCGAUCUUGAUCAUGCCAAAGUUCGAGAUUAAUCUGCUCUUGGAGCUGAUACAGAGGUGUAAAGUGACGGUUGCUCCGAUGGUUCCGCCGAUUGUUUUGGCGAUGGCGAAGUCGCCGGAGACGGAGAAGUAUGACUUGAGCUCGAUUAGGGUUGUGAAAUCUGGUGCUGCUCCGCUUGGUAAGGAGCUUGAAGAUGCCGUCAGUGCCAAGUUUCCUAACGCCAAACUCGGUCAGGGAUACGGAAUGACGGAAGCAGGUCCGGUGCUAGCAAUGUCGUUAGGGUUCGCGAAAGAGCCGUUUCCAGUGAAGUCGGGAGCUUGUGGUACGGUGGUUAGAAACGCCGAAAUGAAAAUCAUCGAUCCAGACACCGGAGACUCACUUUCCAAAAACAAACCUGGAGAGAUUUGCAUCCGUGGUCACCAGAUCAUGAAAGGUUACCUCAACAACCCGGCGGCUACAUCAGAGACCAUAGACAAAGACGGCUGGCUUCACACGGGAGAUAUCGGAUUGAUCGAUGACGACGACGAGCUUUUCAUUGUCGAUAGAUUGAAAGAACUUAUCAAGUACAAAGGUUUUCAAGUGGCUCCGGCUGAGCUAGAGGCUCUCCUCAUCGGUCAUCAGGAUAUCACCGACGUGGCCGUUGUCGCCAUGAAAGAAGAGGCUGCUGGUGAAGUUCCCGUUGCGUUUGUUGUGAAAUCCAAGGAUUCAGAGUUAUCAGAAGAUGAUGUGAAACAAUUCGUGGCGAAACAGGUUGUGUUUUACAAGAGAAUCAACAAAGUGUUCUUCGUUGAGUCCAUUCCUAAAGCUCCGUCAGGGAAGAUAUUGAGGAAAGACCUGAGGGCAAAACUAGCAAAUGGGUUGGUAAACUAAAGAAACGAAACGCAAAAGAUGUUCCAUUGUAUAUACAUACAACUGUUUGACGAUCCCAAUGAAGGACUAGAGAAGCUCAUACGAAUCAAUCAAUGCCUGUUUCUUUUUGUCUUUGUGUUGUUGUUGUCUUUGGUUCAUGUAAUGAACCUUUUGUAAUAAAAGGUGGUUUCUUUUUUUUUGGGUUUCAUGUAACUUGUGCUGGAGAAGACCAGCAGACUUUUUCAUAAAAUAAAUUACUGUUGUAAACUUAAGUAUUAGAAUC